CGGGGAGAGCCCACCCGGCUGGGCGGGCAGACUCCGGCCGCGGCCCCGCCCGGCCCCGUGGGCGGAUUCCCCGCAGCUCCCCUCCCGCCGGCCCCCCGCCGGGCGCGGGCUUUAAAUGCGGGACGGUGAGGCGGCUGUAGCGUUUCUCGGUACACCGACACCUACUGCCAUGGUUGAGGCUUUUUGCGCGACGUGGAAGCUGGCUGACAGCCACAACUUUGACGAAUACAUGAAGGCGCUGGGAGUGGGGUUUGCGAUGCGGCAGGUGGGGAACGUGACUAAGCCCACGGUGGUCAUCAGCAGCGAGGGGGACAAAGUCAUUAUCAAGACUCAGAGCACUUUCAAAAACACAGAAAUCAGCUUUAAACUCGGUGAGGAAUUCGAUGAAACUACCCCGGACGACAGAAACUGCAAAUCAGUCGUGACCCUGGAUGGAGACAAGCUAGUGCACGUACAGAAAUGGGAUGGCAAAGAGACAAACUUUGUAAGAGAAAUAAAGGAUGGCAAAAUGGUAAUGACUCUUACCUUUGGUGAUGUGGUGGCUGUUCGCCACUAUGAGAAAGCAUAGAGUUCACCUUACCAGAUGGUUACGUCUAAUGGAUGGAUUAAUGUACUGUCCGUAACUGAAAGUAGCUUAAAUGUACAUUUCUGACAUGAAAGGUUAAUAAAGACUUGUUUUUUGUUUUUCUUUUUUAAAAAGAACUUUUUUGUGAGCUUUUGCUGUAUAUUGCAACAAGUUAAAGUCUGCAUAAAAACUCUGAGACAUUUGGGUUUGUUUUUUGUUUUUGUUUUUACAGUAAAUGAGAGAUAUUUGAGUUGCUUUGGAAUGGAGAUCCAACAAAUUAAACAAUUUUUUAAACUUGU